UUCACACUGGUUGGACGUGCGUCGCCCACAUAUAUCUCAAUUUUCAUCGAACUUUCAACCUAAUAGGUUAUUCGUGAAUCCGUUUUUUUUCUAUACAAUUUCGAUACUGAUUUAUAUAAAUUUCCCCGUCACUUGCGGUCUAAAUUACGCCUUAAACGAUUUUAAAGAAUUCAGCACACGCAAUGGGCCUGAAGCGUUUCCUGAAUUCGAUGACACGCACUUUCCCCAUGCGGACCUCCAAGCCUGGUACCGUGGCAGAAGGAUUCCCGCCAGUAUUCAAUAGAGACGGAAUGUGGAAUGUAGCGGGGCGUCAACAGGACCAACCAAAGAGCCAAUCCCCGGCCAAUCUGGAGAAAUAUAAGGAACAGGUACUCGUCUAUCCAGCUGGAUCACGAAAACGCUCCUGGUUGCUAUGGCGAGGCAUCUGUGAGAAUAAAGUUUCCCGGAGCUAAUUAACAGAGAUAUCACUAUCGGGAUGGCACUUCACAUGAAGAAUUCUGAGAUCUCGAAUAUAUAUGUAUAUUUCGUUUUACAAGCAGAAAUUUUGCAAUGCAAUACGGUCUUGUAGCAUUUGUAUCGUAUGUUACGUGAUGGACGAGAACUAUAUGUUAAAGCAUAAAUUCGAAGAUUAGUUACGAAUAAAAAUGUAAGAAAGACUACAAGACUAA